AUUCUCAACCCUUUUGAAUCUUUUCUAAACUGGGAUUCCUUUCUUUUUGUUUCUUUAUAGGAAGAAUUUGACUCUCUCUUAGAUGAUGAAAUGGGUUCUGUGAAAUAUUUUGGUUAACUUGAUUUCUUGUUCGCUUUUGUGUCGUUUGAAUUUGAAUUUGAUCACCGUUGUUGUUAAUCAUGCUUCCUUUAUUCUUUAGCCAUUUUUGAAUUUGAUGCUAUCAAUUCAUUCUCUGUUUCUUGGGUUCUUUUGUUUGAUAGAAUUUACUUCUUAUCAAUCUGUUCCAUGGUAGAACCAAUGAUUUUGAGUGGCCUUUUUCGCCUUUAGGGUAUACAUAAUGGAGAGUAAGGAGACAAACAAUGGGGAUGACAUACCGACUUCUACUUCCCCACCUCCGACGAAUGAAGAGGUUAGGUCCAAUAGUUCGCCGAAUGAACAGGGUAACUUUGACUGGAUUGUUGAUGAAGUUACUGGUGAAGGAGCAGUUAAUGUGAACAAUCCUAUGCUGCAGCCGCAUCCUGCGGAUCAUCAGGAUUAUCACAUCUAUAGGAAAGGUGAUUCUGCUUAGUCCAAGCCAAUUUCAGAUUUUCCAUACCUGUUGAACCAUGGAUGGUGAAGUUAUUUAUUUGGUAUUGAUACAGAAGUUUGCUAGAUUUAAGGCAUGUCAUGGGGAGCAUAGGUUCCCUCUUGUUAUCCAAGAAGAAGUAACAUUACCACUGAGCUGGUUUCACGUUACAUGCAAUGAUGAUAACAAAGUCACAAGGCUGGAGAUAUAUAGCAAUCAAAUCAAUGGAUCGAUUCCAGCCGAGCUCGGAAGUUUAACAAACUUGCUCAGCUUGGACCUGUACAAAAAUCAACUCUCAGGUCCAAUUCCAGAUUCGCUUGGCAACUUGAAAGCUCUACUGUUUAUGAGAUUGAACGAUAACAAGCUAACGGGCACAGUACCCCAGAGUGUCAAAGCCCUUACAAAUGGAAGUUUGAGGAUCCUGUGA